AUGGCGGACGAGGAGGCCGAGCAGGAGAGGUUGAGUCGCGGCGGAGGCGGCUGCGUCGCGGAGCUGCAGCGCCUGGGCGAGCGGCUCCAGGAGCUGGAGCGGCAGCUGCGGGAGAGCCGGGUGCCGGCCGUGGAGGCGGCCGCGGACUACUGUCAGCAGCUGUGCCAGACACUCCUUGAAUAUGCAGAGAAGUGGAAAACUUCAGAAGACCCUUUACCUUUAUUGGAGGUAUACACAGUGGCUAUCCAAAGUUACGUGAAAGCCCGACCUUAUCUUACCUCUGAAUGUGAAAAUGUAGCUUUGGUUCUGGAACGCUUGGCAUUAAGCUGUGUUGAACUUUUGCUGUGUCUGCCUGUUGAAUUAUCUGAUAAGCAGUGGGAGCAAUUUCAGACACUGGUACAGGUAGCUCAUGAAAAGCUGAUGGAGAAUGGCAGCUGUGAAUUGCAUUUUUUAGCUACUCUAGCUCAAGAGACUGGGGUGUGGAAAAACCCGGUACUGUGCACUAUUCUUUCCCAGGAACCAUUGGAUAAGGAUAAAGUGAAUGAAUUUUUAGCUUUUGAGGGUCCCAUCUUGUUGGAUAUGAGAAUUAAACAUCUAAUCAAAACAAAUCAGUUAAGUCAAGCAACUGCUCUAGCAAAGCUGUGUUCUGACCAUCCAGAGAUUGGUACAAAAGGUAGUUUUAAGCAAACUUACCUUGUCUGUCUUUGUACAUCAUCACCAAAUGAAAAGUUAAUCGAAGAGAUUUCAGAAGUUGAUUGCAAAGAUGCCCUAGAAAUGAUCUGUAACUUAGAAUCUGAGGGUGAUGAAAAAAGUGCUCUUGUCUUAUGUACUGCAUUUUUAUCACGUCAGCUUCAACAGGGAGAUAUGUACUGUGCUUGGGAACUCACUCUCUUUUGGAGUAAAUUACAGCAGAGAGUAGAACCAUCUAUUCAAGUGUACCUAGAAAGAUGUCGUCAACUUUCUUUGCUAACCAAGACAGUAUAUCACAUUUUCUUCCUGAUUAAAGUUAUUAAUUCAGAGACUGAAGGAGCUGGACUUGCCACUUGUAUAGAGUUAUGCGUAAAAGCUCUUCGCCUGGAAUCUUCAGAAAAUACUGAAGUGAAAAUAUCUAUCUGCAAGACCAUUUCAUGCUUGUUGCCUGAUGAUCUGGAAGUUAAACGUGCUUGUCAACUGAGUGAAUUUCUUAUUGAGCCUACAGUAGAUGCAUAUUAUGCUGUGGAAAUGUUGUAUAACCAGCCAGACCAGAAAUAUGAUGAAGAGAAUCUUCCAAUACCAAAUUCCCUACGCUGUGAGCUCUUACUUGUAUUGAAAACUCAGUGGCCCUUUGAUCCAGAAUUCUGGGAUUGGAAAACUUUAAAACGACAGUGUCUUGCAUUAAUGGGAGAAGAGGCAUCCAUCGUGUCUUCAAUAGAUGAAUUAAAUGACAGUGAGGUUUAUGAGAAAGUAGCAGACUACCAGGAAGAGAGUAAAGACUCUUCUGUGAACGGUGGAAUUGGUGCUAAUUCUGGCCUCCUUAGAGACAUUUGUGAUGAAAAGCAGAAAAAGAGAGAGAUAAAGCAGUUGAGAGAGAGGGGAUUCAUAUCGGCUCGGUUCAGGAAUUGGCAAGCCUACAUGCAGUAUUGUGUGCUGUGUGACAAAGAAUUCCUCGGCCACCGAAUCGUGCGGCACGCUCAGAAGCAUUACAGAGACGGGGUUUACAGCUGCCCCAUAUGUGCAAAGAGCUUUAACUCUAAGGAGACCUUUGUCCCUCAUGUCACGCUGCAUGUUAAACAGUCGAGUAAAGAGAGACUGGCAGCUAUGAAGCCACUGAGAAGGUUGGGAAGGCCCCCCAAGAUCACAGCUGCCAGCGAGAACCAGAAGACACACGCUGUGGCCAAGCAGGAGCAGCGGCCGAUCAAGAAGAACAGCCUCUAUUCCACGGACUUCAUCGUGUUUAACGACAACGACGGCUCGGACGACGGAGCCGACGACAGAGACAAGUCUUACGAGCCAGAGGCGGUCCCGGUCCAGAGACCAGCACCUGUUAACGAGUUCAACUGCCCUGUCACGUUUUGUAAAAAGGGCUUUAAGUACUUUAAAAAUUUAAUUGCUCAUGUAAAGGGACAUAAGGAUAAUGAAGAUGCCAAGCGCUUUCUUGAAAUGCAAAGCAAAAAAGUCAUUUGCCAGUACUGCAGGCGGCAUUUUGUAAGUGUUACUCACCUGAACGACCACUUGCAGAUGCACUGCGGCAGCAAGCCGUACAUCUGCAUACAGAUGAAGUGCAGGGCCGGCUUCAACAGCUACGCAGAGCUCUUAACCCACCGCAAGGAGCACCCGGUCUUCAGGGCGAAGUGCAUGUUUCCUCGGUGUGGCCGGAUUUUCUCAGAAGCUUAUUUACUGUAUGACCAUGAAGCACAGCAUUAUAACACCUACACAUGUAAGUUCACAGGUUGUGGUAAAGUUUACCGUUCUCAGAGUGAGCUUGAAAAGCAUCUGGAAGAUCACAAUACUCCUGAAAAAGUGCUGCCUCCUGAAGACCAACUUAAUUCAGCCAGAGAUUCUGUUCAGCCUUCCAGAGUGAGUCAGAGUGCAGAAGGGAACUCUGAGAAAGAAAGAUCCAUGCUUCCUUCAGAAAAUAGUGUUGAAAACACCAUCCCAGCUGAUAGAAGUGAUGCUUGGGAUAAAAGCAAGGCAGAAUCACCUGUGACCAAACAAGACCAGAUUUCUGCUUCGGAGCUCGGGCAGACGGAUGGAGCACUGCCAAAUGGUUUAGGAAACACGGCUACCACUCCUCUGCUUCAGGCCAGUGAAGUAGCCGUGUCCAUUAAGGUGUCCCUCAAUCAGCGGAUCGAGGAGAACUUCGGGAAGCAAGAAAACUCAGCUAUGGAAAGCGCUGGUGAAUCACUGGUCACCAACUUACAUACACCAGUUGAAAAUGCUUGUAAUGAUUUGUGUCACACAGAUUUCCAGGAGAGAAAGGAACAGGAUUGUUUUAAUGAAACCCAGAUUACUCAGAAUUCUUUAGUGGCCUCAGAAGCCCUCAAGAUAGAGGGCAUAACCACACAAAACUUAGAAAGACAAGUGAGCAAUCUGAUGACCUUUUCUGUGCAAAACCAGGCAGGGUUUCAAAACAGUUUACCAACUCCCAAGUUUGAAUGUGGAGGUAAUGUUAAAACAUCAUCCAGUCUUUAUAAUUUACCUCUGAAGACGCUGGAAAGUAUCACAUUUGUUCCACCACAGCCCAACCUCACUACUUCUUUAGGAACUCCAUCAGUGCCUACAAAAGCGCCAGUUCAGAAAUUCAGUUGCCAGGUUGAGGGAUGUACUCGAACUUAUAACUCUUCACAGAGUAUUGGGAAACACAUGAAGACGGCACACCCCGACCAGUAUGCAGCAUUCAAAAUGCAACGCAAGAGCAAAAGGGGUCAGAAAGCUAACAAUUUAAAUACACCAAAUAAUGGAAAGUUUGUUUAUUUUUUGCCAUCGCAGGUGAGCAGCUCUAGUAACGCAUUUUUUACACCACAGACCAAAGCCAGCGGGACUCCUGCCUGCUCUGAUCAGGUGCAGCAUGUCACAUCACCCAUUCUCCCAGCUCAUUUAGCGAGUGUGUCUGCUCCACUGUUGCCCUCGGUGGAAAGUGUCAUAAAUCCAAAUAUACCUUCUCAGGAUAAGAAUGAACAAGGUGGUGGUCUGUUAUGUUCCCAGAUGGGGAAUUUAUCUAGCACCACCUUGCCAGCACAAAUGGAAGACCUAACCAAAACAGUUUUGCCUUUGAAUAUUGACAGCGGCUCAGACCCUUUUCUUCCAUUACCUGCGGAAAGCAGCUCCGUGUCUCUCUUCCCUUCACCAGCAGACAGUGGGACUAACUCUGUUUUCUCCCAACUGGAAAAUAAUACAAAUCAUUUUUCUUCACAGAUCGAAGGAAAUACCAAUUCCUCCUUUCUAAAGGGAGGGAAUGGUGAGAAUGCAGUUUUUCCUUCACAAGUCAGUGUUGCAAAUGACUUCAGUGGCACUGGUGCCCAACAGCCUGGACCGGAAAAAGUGAAGAAAGACCGCGGGCGGGGCCCAAAUGGGAAGGAAAGAAAACCCAAGCACAACAAAAGGGCUAAAUGGCCAGCAAUCAUCAGAGAUGGGAAAUUUAUCUGUAGCAGGUGUUACAGGGCUUUCACCAACCCCAGAUCUCUGGGUGGACACUUGUCUAAGCGAUCUUACUGUAAACCACUGGAUGGGGCAGAAAUUGCUCAAGAACUUCUACAGAAUAAUGGGCAGCCUUCUCUUCUCGCCAGCAUGAUUCUCUCCACAAAUGCAGUAAACUUGCAGCAGCCACAACAGUCUGCAUUCAGUCCAGAAGCAUGUUUUAAAGAUCCGUCAUUCCUGCAACUUCUUGCUGCUGAAAACCGCUCCUCAACAUUUUUACCAAAUACGUUUCCUCGGACUGGUGUGACUAGCUUUAAUACAAGUGUUAGUCAGGAGGGGAGCGAAAUCAUCAAGCAGGCUUUGGAAACGGCUGGCAUCCCCAGUACGUUUGAGGGCGCCGACGCGCUCCCUCACGUCCCCACAGGCUGUGUCUCCGACGCAGCACAGGUGAACGCGACAGUGAUGCCAAACCCACCUGUGCCAACCCUGCUGCAGACCGUGUGCCACCCGAGCCCCCUGCUGACAGGCCAGAACGGGACCCCAAACCCCAAAGCCUCCUCCAUGGAGGAGUGCAGCAGUUUGCCUGUUUUCCCAACAAACGACUUACUACUGAAGACUGUUGAAAAUGGUUUGUGUUCUGGUUCAUUCCCUAAUUCUAGCGGGCCAUCACAAAAUUUUACCGGUAGCAGUUCACGUGUUUCAGUUAUAAGUGGUCCUCAGAACACAAGGUCUAGUCAUUUAAAUAAGAAGGGAAACAGUGCUUCUAAGAGAAGAAAGAAAGUUACUCCUCCACUAAUUGCCCCUAAUACUCCCCAAAACUUGGUAACAAGUGACUUGACAGCAAUGGGACUUAUAGCAAAGAGCAUUGAGAUACCAACUACUAACCUUCAUUCCACUGUAAUUCCCAAUUGUGAACCUCAGGGUUUGGUGGAAAAUCUAACACAGAAAUUAAAUAAUGUUGACAAUCAGUUGUUUAUGACUGAUGUGAAAGAAAACUUCAAAACCAGUCUUGAGUCCCAUACAGUGUUAGCUCCUUUAACAUUAAAAACUGAAAAUGGUGAUUCCCAAAUGAUGGCUUUGAAUUCAUGCACACCUUCAAUAAAUUCUGAUUUGCAGAUCUCUGAAGACAAUGUCAUACAAAACUUUGAAAAGACUCUUGAAAUUAUUAAAAGUGCUAUGAAUUCUCAAAUACUUGAGGUAAAAAAUGGAUCUCAGGGUAUUGGUGAAACAUCACAGAAUGCUCAAAUAAAUUAUAACAUUCAGCUUCCUUCAGUAAACACUGCACAAAAUAACAAGUUAUCUGAGUCGCCUCAGUUUCCCUCCUUCACAGGUGUCAUGCCGACAAAAGCUAGCAUUCCUCAGUCUGACGUGCUGCAUAAGGAGGACCAAAUGCAGGAGAUCUUAGAAGGCUUACAGAAAUUAAAGUUAGAGAAUGACCUGUCCACUCCAGCACCGCACUGUGCACUGAUAAAUACAUCAGUGACACUGACUCCCACUCCUGUGAGAUCAGUUGCAAAUGUCACAGUUGUUCAGCCCGUGUCUGAAACUGUAAGCAGCAUCCAGUUUAAUGACAGAGUUAGUAAACCCUUCGUGUGUCAGAGCCAAGGGUGUAAUUACAGUGCGAUGACGAAAGAUGCGCUGUUUAAGCACUACGGGAAAAUUCAUCAGUACACGCCGGAGAUGAUUCUUGAAAUUAAGAAGAAUCAGCUCAAGUUUGCUCCUUUUAAAUGUGUAGUACCUACAUGUACGAAGACGUUUACAAGAAACUCUAAUCUUCGGGCACACUGUCAGUUGGUACAUCAUUUUACAACAGAAGAAAUGGUCAAAUUAAAAAUAAAAAGACCUUAUGGAAGAAAAUCUCAGAGUGAAAAUUCAUCAGCCCCACGAAUUACGCAAGUAAAAAGACAGCUAGCUCUGACAGAGGAAAAUAAAAGGGAAUUCCAGCCCGCUUUAGAAUUGGGAGCAAUGAAAGAAAACACCCUCAGUAGUAUAGCAGUGAUCCCAGAAAAACAACUUCUAGAAAAAAAAAGUCCUGAAAAAACAGAAAGUUCUUCUCAAGUGAUUGCAAUUACUUCAGAACAAUGUAAUACAAAUCCUCUCGCAAAUGUGCAAACCAAAGGACGGAAAGUUCGGAGACACAAAAAGGAAAAGGAGGAGAGGAAACGCAAGAAGCCAGUUUCUCAGGCUCCUGAGUUUCCCACGAGAUACAGUCCCUACAGGCCUUACCGCUGUGUUCACCAGGGUUGCUUUGCUGCUUUCACGAUACAGCAGAACCUAAUUCUGCAUUACCAGGCUGUGCACAAAUCAGAUCUGCCUGCAUUUUCUGCAGAGGCUGAAGAAGAGAGUGAAGCUGGUAAAGAGAGCGAAGAAAUUGAGACGAAACAAACUGUGAAAGAAUUUCGGUGUCAGGUGAGUGACUGUUCCCGAAUUUUCCAAGCAAUUACUGGCCUAAUACAACACUACAUGAAGCUUCACGAGAUGUCACCUGAAGAAAUUGAAAGUAUGACCGCUUCUGUGGAUGUUGGGAAAUUUCCAUGUGAUCAGUCAGAGUGUAAAUCUUCAUUUACAACAUAUUUGAACUAUGUUGUUCAUCUUGAGGCAGAUCAUGGAAUCGGGGCCAGGGGAAGUAAAACUGAAGAAGAUGGCAUAUACAAAUGUGACUGUGAAGGCUGUGACCGAAUAUAUGCAACCCGGUCUAAUCUCCUCCGGCACAUUUUUAACAAGCAUAAUGACAAACAUAAAGCUCAUCUCAUCCGGCCGCGAAGAUUAACGCCUGGUCAGGAAAAUAUAUCAAGCAAAGCAAACCAAGAGAAGACAAAGUCUAAACACCAGGGGACAAAAUACAGAUCUGGAAGGGAAGGAGUCAGAAUGCCUAAGACCAAACGAAAGAAAAAAAGCAAUGUGGAAAACAAGACUGCAAAGAUUGUGCAGAUUGAAGAAAAUAAGCCUUACUCUCUGAAACGUGGAAAGCACGUAUAUUCUAUAAAGGCUAGAAAUGAUGCCUUGUCUGAGUGUACGAGCAGAUUUGUCACCCAGUAUCCAUGUAUGAUAAAGGGGUGUACAUCAGUUGUUACAAGUGAAAGCAAUAUAAUCAGACAUUAUAAAUGCCAUAAGUUAUCUAAGGCAUUUACAUCACAACACCGCAAUCUCCUCAUUGUCUUCAAACAGUGUUGCAGCUCACAAUUAAAGGAAACUUCUGAGCAAGAAGUUGAAAAGACUGGUGUGAAGGAUUCUGACACAGGUGUAUCAGAGAGCAAUGAUAAUGCAAGAAUAGCUGUAGUUCCACAGAAGGAAGUUGUGAAAAAUGAAAAAGAUGAAGUGGAUGAACUAACAGAAUUAUUUAUUACCAAAUUAAUAAAUGAAGACAACACAAGUACGGAGACCCAGCCUCAGACCUCUUCAAAUGUAAGUAAUGAUUUUAAGGAAAAUAACCCCUCCCAGUCAGAAAAACAAAAAACAAGUAAUUUGAAGAGAGUUAAUAAAGAAAAAAAUGUCUCCCAAAAUAAAAAGAGAAGAGUUGAAAGGGCUGAGCCAGCCUCAUCAGUUGAACUAGGUAGUGCACAGAAGGAAGAAGAGACUGCUGUCGCCAUUCAAACCUCUGAGGAGCGCCCUGCGUCGUUCGACUGGAGCUCAUUUAAACCAAUGGGGUUUGAGGCAUCCUUCCUCAAAUUCCUGGAGGAGUCUGCAGUGAAACAGAAGAGAAACACCGACAAGGAUCAUCCCAGUAGUGGGAGUAAAAAAGGAUCCCAUUCAAAUUCAAGGAGAAAUGUCGACAAGACUGCUGUGACUAGCGGAAAUCAUAUAUGUUCUUGUAAAGAAAGUGAAACUUUUGUACAGUUUGCCAAUCCAACACAGCUUCAGUGCAGUGAGAAUGUAAAAAUUGUUCUAGACAAGACUCUGAAAGAUUGCACUGAGCUUGUCUUAAAGCAGCUUCAGGAAAUGAAACCUACCGUCAGUCUGAAAAAACUUGAAGUACAUUCAAAUGAUCCAGAUGUGUCUGUUGUGAAAGACAUCAGUGUGGGCAAAGCUACAGGGAGAGGGCAGUACUGA